AAAACAAAUAUGUAUUUUAUUGGUCAAACUGCAUUUUUUGUAUCUGAAAAAGCAGUCAUUACAUAUUGUCAUAGUCUUCCAGAACAUUGUGCAAUGCACAAUAAUUAUGUUAUAAUGCAAUACCUUCCAUACUCAUUUCAACAUCUCACACAAUGUAACGCAAACUGCAAACACCGCCCUCGCGCGAAAAAAAAAAUAAAACUUGAAAGUCACCACUUUCAUUAUUACCGCAAGGCAAACCGCACAACGUGCGCCAAUCAAAAAACAACGUAUUCUACCGAUCAGUGCGCAUGCGCCAACUCAACACCCAACCAAACAUCACUUCUCGGCUGAAUGUAGUCUUCAUGGACCUCAAUUUUCCGUCGUUGGAUUCCGCGAACCGUGAAGCUGUAGGCAUCGCUUCGGCACUGUUUCGUUUCCGCGCCAUUGGCACAAUGAGUACUCACACACAGUGCUUGGAGGCCAAGACUAACCCUACCAACCCAACUAUAAGGCGGUGACCGCGUGGGAGGACAUUAAUAGGGAAGAUAGACUACGACGCAGGCGUUUUAGUACACCGUGUUGGAAUACUUUGUGUCUUUGGGAGAGUAUAGUGACACGCGAGGAGUGGCCAUGGGAUUUUGAAGGCCAGACAAAGCCAGAUCAUUCCUAUCUUGAUAACACACUGCGUCCGUGGUUACCGAUUAUUUCCACCAGCUUAACUGCGUGGUGAACUAUAGUUACUGGCGGAUUGCAGUAGCAACUACUCUUAUCUCACGUAGAGAGAAGCCCCAGUCUUAAGAAGUGAAGUCUGUAUCUCCAAUGUAUUGACUGCCUCCCUUACAAAAGGAUUUCAAGCGACACCACUUCCGUUUCGACGCAAAUAUGCUGUAUCUUCGUAUUACUAUUACUUUAAGUGCACCGCGGAGAAAGUAAAGUCAACUUUCAAACAAUCACAAAGACUGACCGUUGCAGCUGAUUGCAUCAACGCCGUUUAGAAUCGGUCUCUUUUCCUAGCCGUAAGAGAAAAUGGCUUCCCUGACAACGGCAUUUCCAAACUUUACCUGGAAUAACUCCAUCGAUUACCAUGCAGAAAGAGUAGACGCUUAUGAGGCUGUUGCCAUGGCAUUGGUGCUACUUUUUGGUUUGAUGGGUGUGAUAGGUAACGGAAUACUGGUAUGUAUAGUCUUGCUCAACCCAGAUAUGCGAUCUGUACCUAACAUUCUCAUCGCAAGUCUUGGUCUUGGGGAUUUCUUUGUCGUCAUCACCUCAGUACCUUUUACUUUCGUGUCGUACCUGUACAAUAUCUAUCCAUUCAGCUCAGCCGUUUGUAAGUUUGCAAACGCCGUUCCUAUCGUAUCUCAUGGUGUCUCGGUCUUCACGCUAUCUGCUUUGAGUUACGAUCGCUACACGGCUAUCGUGAGACCCAUGCAACGCCGCAAGUCCAACGCUGUACGUCGAACAUACGCCGUAGCGGUUACCAUUUGGGCAUUAUCGGUAACGCUAGGCAUACCAACGGCUAUACUCGCCAAAAGAGACGUUUUUCACUUCCAAGGUUUCGAGAUAGCCAUAUGUUACGCUUUGCCGGUCAACCUGACUUUGGAGGGAGCCGUUCCAACCACCGCUGCUAAGGUUCAUGAAGUGGUUCGAUGUCUGAUCAUGUUCGUCAUACCACUGGCCAUUAUCACCAUGUAUUACAUGCUGAUAGCCAUGCAACUGAUCCAGAGUUCUAAGGCGAUUCCCUGCGAGGGGCAUGGUGACUCCAGACAACUUCGAGCUCGUCGACGACUUGCCAGGACAGUCCUAGUUCUCGUGGUUAUAUUUGCUAUAUGCUGGAUACCACACUUUGUAUACAGGCUCUGGUUCCAAUUCGCCUUCUCCGUGGAGGUCUUCGAUUCCUUGGGAAUGUUCAUCCUCUCAACCGGCUCGUUUCUCUUGACCUACGCCAAUUCCUGCAUCAACCCCAUUGCUCUCUGCUUCUUAAGCAAGACCUACCGUCGAUACUUCGCCCGUUACCUGUGCUGCAUCCGUGUCCGUAAGCUAUCUCAUGUACGCGUAGCGCGGACGAAUAUGUACCAGAUGACUCCAGGCACACCUACUAGCACUAUUUACAACUACAACAAGCGGUCAGGGGAUGGAUCGUUAAGGGGCUCGUCCGUAGAAACGAAGACUUGUACGGUGUGAGAUAGUUCCUGUAGCCAACGUGAUCAUCCUCAAGUACGGGGUAGAAGAUGGAAGUUUGAACGUAAAUUGGAGACAGAGAUUAUAAAUGAGCACUUGUGACGCCCUGUGAAGUCUCUGAAUUAUGAAAUUACCAUUCUUGACCCAGCAAGUAAUAUUUCUGCUCAACAAAUAGUGACAAAAUUACUGAGAUGUGACUACUGGGAUGUGCUUGGAUGGCAAUGCGACGAAUGUAACUGCGUUUUAACCUUUCGGAAUGGAGUUCAAAAGUAUGAGAUCCACCAGCGGACUAUAGGGGGCGCUUUUAGCAAACGCAAGUGGUGGCAAGUGAAGGACAUUGAUUUUCGCUGGUUCGCUCACGCCAUUCGCCCGUUGAUAUUUGAAAAUCAGUUCGUACCAGGGAAGACAGAAAGAGCGACUUUCGAAAGGGGAGGGCGGGAACCAUACAAUUUCAGACUGAGAACACUACCCUUGUUGUCACUUUUACGAAACUGUGACACCAUUCUAUAAUUUCUUGCUCUCUUUGGGUUGUAAAAACAAACAAGUAUAUUUAAAAAUUUACUUUGAUUGAAUAUGAAUUCCUUGAAUGAAAGAAAAAAGACGGUCUUUCAUAAUUGAAAAAGCGUGACCAGAAGUUUUCGUAUAGAGGUUGGAAGAAGACUUUAUGAUUUAUGUUAUUGAUAACGUAGCCUUCAAUUUGAAUAGGGAUUCAGUUUACUGCACGAUUCAACGGAACACAAGACCUUCCUGCAUGAUGAAGGGAGAGACCGAACGCACCUUCGCUUUGCCAUAUGCCUGGCACAUUCGCUAACGUUUAACUCAAAUUUAAAUGUUCCUGCAACUGAGGCGAAAAAGAAACUGUUCAAGUUUUUAAAGGAAUCAGUCGCACCCAUUGACGCCCUCAAGUCCAGCGGGAUGACUCAGAAAAAUUGGCGCCAUGUGGCGGCCAUAAGUACUCAACAAAUCUUGAUCUUCAAGAUGGCAAAACAAUCCUCACUCCUUGGUUACAUUUGCGUCAUCAGUUAGAAUCUUCAAGGAGUUUAUUGACCGCUUGAUGACAAGACGUCAAUCCUUCAAGGCCAAUAUGUUACGUUUUUGAGCCUCUCCGUGCUAAGAUUACCUCAAAAUGUAUGUAUGUAUGCACCUGACGCGCAUGCGAAUCUCCACUAAUUUCAGUGCGAGACGUUUUCAGCAAAUCAUGCCUCUUCAGGUCAGACAUGGUCAAGAGAGAUCCAAUCAACAGAUGAACAUUAGAAGAGGACUUCUACUCGAGUGCCUAUAAUUUUGGUAUAAUUUGUUCCGAAGGGCACAAAUUUAUUAAAUUAUUUCUUUAGUGUCUUAACUAAAAUAGCCUUGAGAUGUUUGUCAACAGGUUGGAUUGGGAGUUUAUCUGAUUUGUAAUCGAGACAAAAUUUCUUCGGAAUGUCAGUUGAUGUCAUUAGAAUUAGUGAUGUGUCUGAUACAUUAUUGUCAUAUACACGAUCUUGUUUGUAUCUUUUGUGAAAGUAAUAAUUGAUGGGCAUUUUCCUGCAUAUUUGGGUCAUUAUGGAUAUUUUAUGAGUGAUUUAUGCUGUGCAUGGUGAUUCCACCCUGAUUUAACUGUAUUUUUUAUGACGAUGCACACAUCAACAUUCAAAGAAUAUAAACAUUAAUCAAUCAUCAGAGGGUACAUUGACACAUGAUGCAGUUGUGUCGUUCUGAUUGGUUAAUCGAUCAUCAGAGGGUAAAUUGACACAUGAUGCAGAUGUGUCGUUCUGAUUGGUUAAUGUCCUAAAUUUGAUAUGAUAUAACAGUUCUAUGUUUGACUGAAGUUUCAGUUUAAAUGUACGUAUUAAGAACGUUUAAUCCGUCUAUAAAUGCAUGCGUAACCCGUAACAAGAAAGUUUGUACUACAGUUAACGAUGUUCUUGAAUGCAUUUUCACCAAAAUUGCCUGUGAACUGUAUUAUACAACCAAGAUGAAGACAUUGUGCAAUUUAAUGCUCUUGACAUAUCAAUUAUAUUAUCAAUCAUAUUAUCUUGAGGUGAAAGCCAUGUACUAUUGAAUUAGGUACACUGUACUAUAUAUUUUCAGAUGUCAGUAAUUAUAUGUACUAUCAGGAUUUUUCUGUAAAUAUGAGCUCAAAUUCCGAGAGAUUAACGUUUAUAGUUGUCACGUACAUUGUAACUGCGUAAUUGUUUGCAUGUAUGAUAUAUUCACCAGUGACGUAGUGUAAUUACCGAUAAAGACGUGAUGCCUAAAAGUAUCAAACGAAAACUUUGAAAAAAAUUCUCAAUGGAAAUCGGGUUAUCUCUGGUAGAAGCUUGUUACCAGUUAUAGCAGGUAACCAAUUACUAGUUAUUACUGGUUACCUGUUAUGGUGAACCCUGCAGUAAUUGAAUAAGGAUUAUCAUGUGGUGUUUUUUUAUUGGUAUAGGCCUAAACAUUAUCGAUAUAAGUUAACAGUUACUGGUAACACGUAAUCAGUUCCUGAAUUCUAUAUUCUAAUUUUGGAGUCAUGUCUUGGCUCCUGUUCACUCGUCGAUGGCAUCAAAGCAGAGAAAUAAGCUAUCUUCCCUCAAUCAUCACGAGCGGUGACUAAGCAACUCAUGUCCCCGGUUCUUGACCCAGUUUAUGUUAAAUCGUGAUUUGAAGAGGGCUUUCCACGCACGUUUUGUCCGUCAAAUGGCUAGCUUUUGGUGUAAUGUGUUUGGGCAGGCGCCGUUGCUAUGGCAAUUUCGUCCCUUGACUAUUUCCGACAUUUUACCACGUAUGCGCAGCUGACGCGGAAAACCUAUUGUUUUCAAAUUUCCUCUGAAGACGACUGUACACGCCAUUUUUGCCAUUUUGCUGUGAACAGUGGCGUAGCCCCCUCCCCCCCCCCCCCUUCACUGAACAAAAUCCUGGCUACGCCACUGGCCGUGAACGAGUACAGCGAGUUAACACUCGUCAUUUGAAAUUUCGAACAAGAUUGAGUUUGGUCGGAAGAGGGCGCUAUUAACAUGUUGACGUAAUAAUUAUUGUGUUCCAUAUGUAAAUAUGCUGUCAUAUUUUUGAGUAAUCAAUUCAUAAGUAAUACAGCUAAACAUUUAGGUAUCGGUGAAUUACCAUGGCACUAAAACGGUGCGAACGGAUAUCUCCUUGCUCUGUGAUAAGUCAACUCCUCUCAAUCUCACCCUAUAAUUUUGGUAUCAGACACGUUCCAAACCGGGGGAUUAUCGUGAUGGGUUUUCUCAGCCAGGAUGAAGAGUGAUGAGGCUGAUUGCAAAAACACGUGGAAACGAUACAAGUGGAUGAGAUAGGAAAGUGUGAAGACAUCUUCAAGUAGAGAAAGGUGUAAACUACGUCUAAGAAAAUGUACCUGACGAAAUGUUCGAAAUGGUUGGUUAAAAAAAGUUCGUUUUCCUCAAGAAGUGGGGCGCCGUAAAACAUUCACCCUAAACUUAUCGUGAAAGCAAAAAUGCGACUCGGGUUUGUCUCCUCUCAAGCCCGUGAUACUUCAUGCUUGAACUCACUGUGUCGAAUUUCUGGCGCUAAGUCUCGGUUUGGUUCCGUAAAACAACUCCAUGUUGUUUGUUGCAUUCAGAACAAACCACUCCACGUGCACUUGAAACUUAAGCACGUAUCCCGUGUUUUGUUUCAUUCCAUUUACCUUAUUAUUUGGUCCUUGCUUCGAUAUUUUGUUUCGUACUUGUAACGUUCGAUUUACAGGCUUGAUUGAUGGUACACAAUACUCACGUCCUGUCAUUCUUGCAAAAGAAACUGAUUCUUUGAUAUUUUCAUGCCUCUUAUUUUGACUACCUUUUUAGACUGAGAAUUUCAAAGUUAAUGCAAACUUCAAUUUGUUUGACCCUCAUUCCCCAAUAUGAUUGGUUAUGCACGCGGACAAUGUUUUGUGCAAAAUCAUAAUUUUAGAUGUUAUCACGGGAUUGGAACGCUGCUGAUUGAAUGUGAUGAAUUUCAAUUAAAGUGACAUAGAGCAUGCAACGAGUAUAAGUUAAAAUAACUGUAAUGAGAUGAGCAGAGUAAUGAAUGAACAACUCACAACAAGUACGUUUAAAAAGGAAAAGGAAGGAUGAACAGAUAAACGCAAGAUACAAG